AGGUAGAAAUGAAUGUUUGUGCGGGUAGUGUAUUUAAACAUGUUGGAGCGAAAUCGGUGUGUUCUGUGAUAUUGUGCGACUUUAAAGUGAUAAAAAAUGUCAGAAGGGAAGUCGUUAACGCUAAUUUCGUUCGGCACACAAAAGGUGAGCGAGUUAAAUUCGAAAGAAUCAAACAAAACCGUGCGGAUAUCGGUUAUUUUGCCCGAAUCUACCGAAGACAAGUGCCCAGAAUUCAACUAUAAGGACGAGCUCGUUGCUGCUAAGACUAAACCCGAUGUAAAAACUUCUAUGCCAAAACCGACGAAUGGACUGGAUCCAUUCAAUGAAGAUGAUGAUGAUGUGAAAAGGAUAGCGGCUGAAAUGGAGGCAAAAUAUGGUAUGGGCGUAGCGAAAAAACGGAAAUGGCGCAAAGACGACUAUGCCGACAUUGGAAUGGGAUACGACGAAUCCGAUUCUUUUAUAGAUAACACUGAUGGAUAUGAUGAAAUCAUUCCAAAAAACGUUACCACCGUUCACGGUGGUUUCUACAUUAAUUGUGGUGCUUUAGAGUUUAAGACUGACGAAGCUGUAAGUUCAGACGAUUCCAGUUCGUCCGAUGAAGAAGUCCAGGAUAAGUCCGAUAGCAGGAAGCGAAAACUGGAAUCGUCUGCCGAGUCAGAGGAAGACACACCGCCUGAAAGAAACGGUACUGAAAGUACUACGCCAAGUGUAACUGAAAAGAAACCGAAAUUAAUGAACAACGCCAACGGCAUGCAGAAGGCUAUAAAGAAGAGACUAUUCGGCCAUGAGAAGCUUAAACAGCAAAUGCGUAAAAAACGUUUAGAUGAUAGCGCUAAGAAAACAGUCUCUCAGUUGCUAAGGGAGAAGAGGAUUGACUUAAAUAUGACGGUGGAAAGUGUUAAUGAAGACCCUAUUGAAAUUGAAGUGGAGAGUUCCUCGCCGAACGAAAAUAAGAAACCCCCCACUUUAGCGUCUGUUGAUGACGUUAUAGAGUCUGUAAUUAGUAACGCAGUUGUUCAAAACGUACACGUCGAUGAAUCUAGUAAGGAAAGUGUUGCAAAAUCAACGCCACCUGUUCUUAAGCUUGCAGUCAAUUCUUCACCAUCGGACGCGGAAUCAAACGAUGGAUUAUCAAUAAGACCGACAGAAAUAGUGAAGUUACCGGAGAAUCUUCCCAGUGAUAUUAUUAGCAUUAUAGAUAGUAUUAAAACUGCCGCAGCGUGUAGUACUGAAGGAAAAGUCAAGUUCUUUACAGACAAUGUUAAUGGAAUGUUAUUGAAUUUAGAGCGAAAGUGUAGAUGUUUAGGUAAACACUCGAGGAUGAAGGUGUACGAGCACUUAGCACCUUUUGUAAAAUGUAGGAAAGAAACUUUAAUAAAGCGCGCAAAGAAUUUGUGCAUGAUAGAAGAGCAGAAGAAGAUAAAAGUAUUACUUGAUAGUUUGAAAAAGACAAUUGAUAUGAUGAUGCCUAGUAUUAUUCGAAAUUAUGAAGAUGAAUGUAAAGCUGUUGUCAAUCGAAAGUUUUCGCCAAAUAGUGAUGAGCAUACCAAAUAUUUAAGGCAACCCAAGAAACAUUUCAGUUGGACUGAAGAUCUAAAAAAAUUACUACGAGAUAUAGUCAACUUAAGAAGAAAAUGCUAUAUUAAUGAAGGGAAGCAAAAGGAAACAUUGGAUAUUUUGUUAGUGGAGUUCUUGAAAACAGAAAUACACACCAUUUGGCCUGACGGAUGGGUAUCCAUGAAUUCCCUUAUAAAACACAGCAAUAUCAUAGAUCCUAAGAAGAAUGUAGACUCCAUUAAAAAAUCCAUCCCUUCGUCGUCUCCUGAAGUAAAUAUCAAUCCCCCUCCUAAUAUAUCCGUAACCCCCACAGCUGCACCUGCAAAAACCACAUCAUCAAACAUUACAAUAAAUCCUACUUCUAAUAUUCCUAUUAGUGCAAGUUCAGCUUUAACAAUAACACCGGUUACUACGCCGCCCCCACCUACUCUUACUCCUCACAAAGUGACCUCUUCUGACAAGGUGAAACCUAAACACCCAGUCGGUGAUACAGUAAUUAGUAAAAUUAGUAAUGAUACUCCAAGUAUCAGCAAAACAAGUCGUAGUUUACCUCCUGCCGAUAUUGUUAAGACGCCAUCUACAACAAGUGUAAAAUAUACUGCUGGUGCUAAUAACUUAAAUCAUAUUGUUCAUAAUUCCUUAAAAGAAGUCGAUACAAUAUUGAUUGAUGAACCGUCAUUGAAAAAGGAAGAACCUGAAGAUUUAUCUUCACAUCACACAAUUGUAGAUAAGCACUUAGAAAACGUGAUUAAAGACGGUUUAUCUAGGAGCAAUUUUCAAAUAAUCGAUCUAACUGAUCACUCCGACUACAAGAAGAAAUUGGCUUCAAAAAGCAAACCGAAAUAUGUAUAUGAUUAUCAAGAGAAAAUUCCAAAACAAAAGUUGGAGCCAGUAGAAACGAUUCGCGUGAAAUCACAAGAAGAGUUAACCGGUUCACUAGCUUUAACUCAAUUAAUAGCGGACUCUUUAAAUAAUGAUUCAAAUAGGUUUACUAAAAGCAAUGUUAUUUCAAAAACUUCUAAUAGUGUAAUUAAUAGUACUUCAUCUCAUAAUAAUAUUAAUAGUUCGACGUUUGAAUAUCCUAAAUCUCGAACGGUUAGUGACGGUGACGAUAUUCAAAAGGUGAUGGAAGGUUUAAAGGUUUUACAAAAGAUGUCGUCGCCUGUGAAAAGUCACGAGGACGCAAGAACCAGCUCGCCUGUUUCCGUAAUUGCGUUUAACAAGAGCUUUUCUCAAGAUGCGACCGCAAAAACUACCGCCUCCACGCCGACCACACCGAGAUCUAACAGCUUUCAAGAUGCGUUUCAAAAACAUUUCCUGCCAGAUUUUACGAAAGCGUCGUUCGCCGCUUCCACUAGUAAAGGAAGCUACAAUAGUUAUAAUAAACAUAAUCAUGCUAUGCCCAGAAGUAGUGCGCCAAGCGGUGAAAAAGUUGUACAGAAUCCUAGUAACUUUAGUCAGCAAGCUUCAAAUAAAUUAAAAAGUAAUUAUUCUUCGCAACAAUCAGGUUCAUAUAAUAUGUUGGAUGAUAUGUUUACAAAUUUCUUGAGCGAGUAUGGACAUUCAAAAACAGCAAAUUCUAAAAGCAGUUCGCAGCACAAGUAGCAGCGCACUGCUUACUACCUUACGUUUGAAGUUGCCCGAGUGAACAAUCUACUGCCAGUAAUGUGUAGUUUUGUUAAUUUUUUUUUUGUAAAUUUUGUUGUAUGUAUUUUUGUACAAAUCUUGAGAUUGUAUUAUAUACACAUAUAUAUAAAAAAGAUCAUUCCUUACGUAUUUAUUUGAAAUUGUCUAUAUUUUUCUGAAGGUUUGUAAGAUAAUUGAAUAAAAGUCUAUUUUAAAA